UUUGACGCGGCCUCAGCUCGCCAUCUGCAAUACCAGUAUUACUUUGCGCGUUACAAACAGCUGUGGCCCAGGCCAUAACUAUCGUCCUUCAUUUCUACGUUUGUAUCAUCAACGGUGUCAAGGAAUGAAAGUAGCAACGCUGCAGUUUGCCCCUCGUUUGGGCGAUGUCGAUGGCAACAUCAAGAGAGCCAAUGAGCUGCUCAAAGACGGGAAGGUAGUGCGGGGCGUUGGAAUUGGGAUUGGACUUGAUCUCCUGAAGCCGGAUGUUUUGAUUUUGCCCGAGUUGGCCUUGACGGGAUACAACUUCCCCUCGUUGGAGGCUAUAAGACCCUUCCUUGAGCCCGUUGGACAAGGUCCUUCAGCGCAGUGGGCUCGAGAAACGGCCAAACGCUUACAAUGCAAAGUCUGUGUGGGCUAUCCGGAGAUUUACACAGAAAAUGGUGCCCAACAGGCUAAUUCAACUAAUUCCACGGAGAUUUGCUACAACUCCCUGCUGGUGGUGGACGAAAGUGGUGACAUCGUCCUAAACUACCGUAAAUCGUUUCUAUACUACACGGAUGAGACGUGGGCGGCAGAGGGCAACCCGCAGCAAGGCUUCCACCAGCUCUCCUUCCGAAACUCAAAUCAAAGCUCGGUGGAGUCCCAGAUAGCUACCUCUUUCGGCAUCUGUAUGGACAUUAACCCAUAUCGAUUCGAGGCUCCCUUUACUGCCUGGGAGUUUGCCAAUCGGGUUCUGGAUACGAAGUCUGAGCUGGUCAUACUUUCUAUGGCUUGGUUGACCUUGUUGGAGCGGGACGAGCUCGACUCGCUUGCUGAUGAGCCGGACUUGGACACGUUCAACUACUGGAUCCAGCGGUUUAUGCCGCUUAUCAGGAAGAAGAUGGGCCAUGAAACCAACUUCGACGGCGAUGAUGCUAAUCGCGGAAAGAAGAUCAUCAUUGUGUUUGCCAAUAGAGCCGGAGAAGAACCGGGUGCCGAAGGGACGAACCCAGCUCGGUAUGCGGGCACGAGUGCUAUCGUAGCAAUCACACAGAAACCACCAUUCCGUACAUCAGGUAAGGAACUUUCUUCUAAAGAAGGAGACCCUGGUGACAAUACGGAUGCCGCUGAAACAGAUGCACCAUCAUUUGAUACGAAAAUCCUGUGUUGGGAUAUGAUGGGUGCGACGACGGAAGGUAUUUGUUUUGCCGACACUACGGCAGACCCCAGCAUGGUGUUUGGAUUGGUCAAAGCUUCAAAAUGACAUUCCAACUGCAUAUGAGGCUAAAGCCACCUCGCAUUGGUGGGUUGCAGCCUGGAGUGGUGCCCUGCCUAUCAAUUCUAUUUCAGAUGGCGUCACUUGAGUCGGCGUUCGUAAAUCAAAUAGACCGUAUACUGGGGUUGCUUUGGACAUGGACAAAAACCGAAUAAGAGUCGCAAUGCAUGUCCAAGGAUCUAUUGUCUGGCACGAUAGGAAGUCGUGUAUACGCCCUUUCCCCUGCUGU